AUGAAAGAAGCCAAUACCAUUCCGUUGAUGGCACACUUGGCCAAAGUUCUCAUCCCUCAGAAAUGCCAUCUCCCAGUAUUCAAAUGUUACGAUGGAUUCAGCGAUCCCGCGUCCCAUCUCCGAUACUACAACCGAAUUUUAGCUCGAUGGGAUAAUGACGAUGCAAUCCUCUACAUAUAUUUUUCCUCAAGCCUAAAAGGGUCAGCGUUAUCCUGGUUUGAUAACCUGCCACCAAAUUCCAUCGACUCCUACAACCAUCUUACAGAGAAAUUUUUGAGGACCUACAUGUACAAUAAAGUUUUCAAUACAGGAAUGGAAAAUCUCUUGUCGUUGGCGAUCGGACACAAGGAAACCAUCAGAGAGUAUACUGACAGAUGGCACAAGAUCUGUCAAGCAAUAGGAAACGUAGAUCCAGUAGUGGUCAUAAAUUGUUACAAGUGGGGAUUUGAUAGGAUGAGUCCAUUGUUCGCCGAGAUUCAUGGAAGUGUCCCAAAAAACGAAGGAGAUCUUCGAGCCAUCAUCGAGAAGCACGCCAGGUUGGAAGAAAUCCAGCGGGAAAAUCCUAGGGCACAUGCCCAAAGAUCUCAUCAGACCAAUUUUGUGGAGCAAUCCAGCGGAUCUAAGAGUAGCGGUUCUACCGAAGAUAAAAGAGGACGAAGGGAUGAUCGUCGUCGUGACGAACGAAAGUUCGAGGAUCAAGUCUACACAAAACUGAAUACCAACUACACUCGCAUUUUGAGAGAAAUCAAAGGCAAAGAAAACCUAUAG